AUGGCGCUUCAGAUCAGCAGACUCCUGCGUUUCCCCCGUGGGGCUGCUGUCUGCAAUGCGUGCCGUGGCUUUGGGACCUCCUCCGCACUCUUCUCCGGCCACAACAAAUGGUCCACCAUCAAGCAUGACAAGGCCAGAAAUGACAAGGCAAAGAGUAAAGAACGCCAGAUGGUGGGCAAAGAGAUCAGCAGUGCUACUCAAUUAUGGGGCGCCGACACGAAGUACAACCCACGGCUAGCCCUCGCGCUUUCAAAUGCGAAACGAGCCUCCAUUCCGAAAGUAAUCAUCGAAGCGGCCAUUGCACGCGGCCAGGGACUCAGUUUGUCAGGGCAGGCGCUUGAAUCGGUCACAAUUGAGGCGAUGCUCCCUGGAGGGGUUGCUGCAGUCGUGGAAUGCCAAACGGACCAAAAGGCACGAGUGCUACAAGAUGUGCGUUACAUGAUCAAAAAUGGAGGAGGAACGGUGACUCCGACGACAUUUUUGUUUGAGAAGAAAGGCAGGGUAGCCAUGGAGAAGAAAGAUGGUCUGAAUGCAGAUGACCAUUUGGAUCAGGCUAUCGAGGCUGGCGCAACGGAUAUCAUUACGGAUGACAAGGGCCGCAUCGUCAUAUUUACCGAACCUUCAGAAACGAAGAGUGUCGGUGAAGCCUUCACGAAGCUGACGGGCCUCAUGAUAGAGGAAUUGGAAAUAUUUUGGGAUCCAAAUCAGGAAUCCCUGGUCGAAGUACAUGAUGAAGAGCAAGUGAAGGAUCUUGAAGAUCUACUGGGAUCCCUGCGCGAUGACCACAGUGUUCAGGAUAUUUACUUGAAUGCUGCUGAGAAGUUUUAG